AUGGCAGCAGUUAAAGAUGGUUUAAUGUCCGUUAGAAAAGCUUCUUUAUCAUUUCAAAUUCCUCGCAAGACCUUGGAAAGAACACCAGACUUGGCAGUUCAAGUUGGGACUCAAAACUUAUCCGAUGCUUCAGAUAGAAUCUUAGAAAAUAUUGGUGAUGACCAAGUUGAUGAGCCAGCUUUGAUAAAUGAAGACACCGAUAAUAGUUCAACGGCUAUUAUAAACCUUGCCGAGAAUAACAUUCAACCAGAAGGGACUUGUCAAAAUCUGGAAACAGAAGUAAUCCCUAUCAGUAAAAUGCUGGCAGAUAUACCGCCCGUGCCUAGAUUAAGGGUUGAAGCUGAAAAAAGACGGUCCAGGUUAGUUGCUUCAGAGUUGACUUGUACAUCAAACAUUGAGUCUUGUCGGGAGAAGUUCAAAAAGAGAAAAGUAGGAUGAGGCGAGGAACAAAAAGAAACCAAUAAAAGAAAAACUGAUGAUAAACCUAAAGUCAGUAGAAACCAAGGAAAGAAAGAUUAACAGCAGGUUUACAGAACCUGACGAAGAACCCCUCGCUAACCUUUUGAGCAAAGAAAACAAAAAAAUAGAAAAGAGCAACCUGAAUGACAACGACAUCAGCGUUGUGGACAUCUGCUUAGUCUGUCAGGAGUUUGGGAAGAGCGGUGAAACUU